AUGUCUGCCUCUGCAACUCUCAUUAGCACCAGCUCUACUCCGGCAGAGAUCAAUUACAAGGAAACGUCAAAAGGUCCUGCCGCGACACGGCUAGUACAGCCUCUGAAGUCGUCUGGAGCUCUCGACGCUCAUGCGCAUUUUUCCGUCACGCCAGUGAUUGGGGAGGAGUUUGAAGAUUUGCAAGUUAGUCAAAUUCUACAUGACGACGACAAGAUCAGGGACCUUGCAAUCAUGGUCUCCGAACGUGGCGUAGUGUUCCUACGAAACCAGGACAUUACACUUGAGGAUCAGAAGGCACUUGCUCAGAAGCUCGGUGACCUGACGGGAAAGCCUAAAACAUCUAAGCUCCACCGUCACGCGUUUAAUGCGAGUCGAAGAGGUAUUACUGAUGACCCCAAUGACAAGGUCGACCCAGAAGUGUUCGUAAUUUGCUCUAAGGAGGGUUACAAAUACUAUGAUGAUAGAUUUCGAUACAAGUGCAAAGCCAUUGCUAGUGAAGGAUGGCACUCUGACAUGACAUAUGAGCAGGUUCCCCCAGACUAUUCUCUCCUCAAGAUUCACACCAUUCCAAAUGGGAAUAGUGGCGGAGAUACGCUUUGGGCUUCUGGGUACGAAGCAUACGACCGCAUGUCACCUCCCUGGAAGGUCUUUGCUGAAUCGCUCACGGGUGUUCAUGCUCAACCUAACUUCUCUGAAAUUGCGAAACGUUUUGACGGAAACAUGCUUGAGGGCAACCGUGGCUCUCCCCUCAAUACAAGGACAGACUUUGCAGCGUCGCAUCCCGUUAUCCGCACCAACCCCGUUACGGGGUGGAAGUCUCUCUUCGGAGCCGCUCACCAGCUGGAAGGUGGCUACUUUGAGGGCAUGACGAAGGAAGAGAACCAUAUCUUAAAAGCAUAUUUUCUGAAGCUCAUUGCAGAGAAUCAUGAUCUCCAGGUUCGAUUGAAAUGGAACGUCAAUGAUCUUGCCAUCUGGGAUAACCGAUGCGUGUUCCAUUCAGCGACGAACGACGUAUCCGGAAAUGCCACGAGCACAUCGAUGAAGAAAGGGAACCGUGCUGUAAGCCUAGGAGAGAAACCCUUCUUUGAUCCGGUAUCCAAGUCUCGGCAGGAAGCACUCGCCCUAUAG